AUUGCACGUUUAUAUCGCAAAACUAAAUGACUAUAAAUAAUUUAAAUGUACAGCGCAAUAAAUAGGAUGUUAUCAAAGAUCGCGAUCAUAUAUAGCAGAAUGGAAUCAUUCUGUAUAAAUAGUAACAAUUGCUUGCCCGUUGUACGAUAGGGUUGACAUAUCAUAUAGGACGUUAACAGGCGUAGUAGUCAACCAUAAGGUCAAAUCAAUGUGGCGUCUCUCAUACUCUGUAAGCCUCCAGAUGACCCCGCACCCACAGUAUCGCAACAUAUGAAUUCAUACCCAAAUUCAGUCUCUGGCACUCAUCAACCAAAUGCAUUGGCAUCUAAUAGAGAUCCCAUGAGGGAUUGCGUGAAUAUCACUACUGGAGAGUAAUAUUUAUGGACUUAAGUAAGAUGUCUCUGGCUCACCAUGGCCCGCAGAUUGCGCAGAAUCAAUUUACCGUGAUACUAUCGUUUUAAUAUCUGAUCCUUUCAGUUCAUGUUCUUAUAUCAUUUGAUUUCAACUUUGGAAAGUGACGGGAAUUUUAAAACCGUAAAAACUAUAUUGUUACCUUUAUAAUAUAGACAGAAUACUCUAUUAACUGAAUAGGGAAUUGUUCAUACAAAUCGUUAAAUGUGAUAUCACAUAAAUAGUGGCAACUUCUAGACUUAUUACAACUAAAAUGAAUGACAUCAGCUCAAUGGAAACUCCAGCAACACCAUCGGAGAAAUUCGGAACUAUGGCAUGGCUUGACAAUCACAUGAAAUUGGUAUUCUCAUCAAUAAUAGGGGUAGGAUACGCCUUUCUUGGUCUUCUGUGCGCAUAUGUUGUCUAUCUGGCCAAACUACGAAGCACCCAAAACCUUCUCAACCUAACUGUAAUGGUUGGGAUUUUCAUCACACUCGUAGCGUUGAGCAAUAUUGUAGGCAUAUUAGCUGUAGCCCUAAUGUCCGAAUCGUGUCUUACAAUAUUCACCGUGAACAACUCGUUCAUAAUAUUGCUUGAUGUCUUCCUAUCGGGAAUACACUUUGGAAUGGCAACUCACAACGGAAGGGAAGCUAUAGUGACAGACAGCACAGCUAACGUCUUCUUUCUAACGGGAUUCUGCUUCACCUCGAAGGCACUUCUUUACAUCAUGAUGUUAUACCUGGGUUUCAGACUGAAGAAGACACUGCGACAUUCAGUUCUUAUUGGUGACAUUAAAAUCAACGAUGGCAACACCACAAUAUCCGGUGACCUCAACAAAACACAGAUGGGAAUACCCAUUAUCAUCACUAAUCAGAAAUGAUAUCGACUGUAUCGGAGUUACAAUCCCUGUGCUAGGAAGCACGCCUUAUAUAUUAGGCUUAAACACUUUUUAAGGAAUAUGUUAUUCGUUACCAAGGAGUUUAAAACAACCUAAA